UGGUGAUUCGGGCAGAGGUCCUCGCCACUUAAAACCUUACUACAGCAGUCGAACGGUUGGUUUACCAAAUCCAAUGUCUGAUGCCUUCGUAAAUAGGAAACUUUCUCUGAAUUUAUUCCCUCACUUACAGAAUGGGUGGCUGGAAAUUAGAAAUAUUUAAGAUGGCAGUCUACAUGAGCUUUCCUGUUGGUCUUUUCUAUUAUUUUAACCAACCAGCAUUCUUUGAAAAUUGGAUGAUGACAAAGCGAAAAAUUCUUUUCCCACAAGAGACAGUGGAUGAUAGAAAGAGUUUUGAAUCACUGAAACAAAUGGUGGAAGAAAAACGAAUCGCAGAGUGGGAAAAAAUGACGAAGAACACUUAAAAGCAUCUAGUGUUAUUGCCAGCCCUUGUAUUAUUUCGAGCUGUUGGAGUGCUGUGGAUAUUUUGACUUACUCUUUGGGCUGAGGAAUUGAAAUGUUUAAGGCUGGUGCUAACAAUUAUUGCCAUCAGGGAUGAAUGUAGCCGAGGGAAUUAUCUAUCAUUUGUGGCUUUGAUCUGGUUUUUUUUUUUUUUGUUUUUAAAUCCCAAACAGAUCUGAAAUGUGAGAAAGUUUCCUUCUGUAUUGUAAUAUAAUGAAGAGAGAAAGUUUCGAAGAAAAGUUAUUAUUAUACAAACAUUGUUUUGUUAUACAAAACUGUAUUGAUUUUUUUAUGAAUAAAUAACUAGUUGUAAAUUA